AUGCCAAGGAAAGAGGCUCUUAUUGCACAAUACUUUGCGAAAAAAGAUUUUCGUGCAAUUUGGUUUGUUUCUUCGAAUUCCUUGGCGGCUACAGGCGUUGCUUCAACAUGCGAUAAGUCGACAACUAUGACUCAAGACCUAAGGCAGGAAUCUUUCUACUAUCACAAUGCAAUGAGAUGGAUUCUACAAAACGCUAGGACUACUAGAGAAUAUAUUCCCGAUCCAUACGAAUUUCCAACGGCCUUUAAUAUGAGUCUUCUGUCAUGGGACUGUGAACUAGAGAAGAAGGCUUACGAAAUAGCCAAGUCAUGUCCUACUGGAAACCGUCUAGACUUUCAGUAUACAGGGAGCAACAAUUACACUACUACUGGACCUGUCACCAAAUUCACCGUCGGCCAGGCGGUAUUGAAGUGGAUGGAUACGCUACAUAACGGGAAUGAUUCUCUGGUGAAUCUAACGCCUUCGGAAAACAACGCAGCAAAAAUCCCAGGACUUCAGCUAAUUAUUGGAAAUAUGACCCAAGUCGGAUGCGCCUUCUACCAAGGUUGCAAAUAUGAGUCGGGUGUUGAAUUCACGCCAUUCGUUUGUGAAUAUGGACCUCCGCCUCUCAAAGUUGGCGUUCCAAUCUACCAAAACGGUACACCAUGCGGCGCUUGCAAUGGCCCCAAAUCCAGCAGCUGCUUCCAGGGUUUAUGCAACUACACAAGCGUUUGA